AUGCCUUUUGGCUUAAAAAAUAGACCAGCUACCUUCCAGAGAUUGAUGGACAGAUUUCGAUCCGGAGGUACUUUAAAGGACACUGUCGUCUUGGCGUACUUAGGCGACAUCCUUGUAAUUUCGGAAGGAAACCUAGAUGUACAUAUGAAAGAUUUACAAUUGGUAUUUGAUCGUCUUCGGCAAUUUGGUCUGCGAGCGAAUCGUGAGAAAUGCUCCUUUGCCUGUACAGAGGUAAAUUAUCUUGGUCACCUCCUGACUCCUGAAGGAAUUAAGCCUGAUGAGACCAAGAUACAGGCGAUACUCACUAUGAAGGAACCAACUAAUGUCAAACAGCUCAAAACCUUCUUACAGACCUGGGCUUGGUUUCGCAAAUUUGUACAAAACUUCUCAGGGAUUGCUCAGCCUCUCACUAAGCUCACCCGGAUACAUGCACCAUGGUCAUGGGCUGAAGACCAGCGCAAGGCGUUCGAGGAACUGAAGAUAAAGCUUACAUCUUCACCUAUUUUAAUACAAGCCGACUACAGUCUUCCCUUUUUGGUACGAACUGACGCCAGCAAUUAUGCUCUUGGUGCAGCUCUCAUGCAGGUUCAAGGCGAGCAUCCUGACGAACGCGUAAUAGAGUACGCCAGCAGACUUUUAACACCUGCAGAACAACGAUACUCAACAACCGAGCGAGAGGCCCUUGCUGUUGUAUGGGCAGUGGAAAAGUUUCGACCAUAUAUUGAAGGUCAUCCAGUUAUAGUAAAAAGUGACCACCAACCCUUAAAAUGGCUCCUGACUCUUAAAUCACCUAGUGGCCGACUGGUCAGAUGGGCUUUAAGAUUACAACCUUAUGAUAUUCGUUUUGAAUACACACCAGGAAAAGCAAAUGUCAUUGCAGAUACACUCAGUCGUCCUGUGCAUGACGACAGCAAUGCUUGUAGUACCUGUUCAGUGACCAUAGAUGUUCCUCGGGUAAGCCUAACAGAGCUACGUGCUUCCCAGCUGGCAGACCCAGAAAUUAAGAAAAUAAUCAUCCUGGAUUAUUUGAGAAUUGAGAAUACAGAUAUUCUAAUUUCUAGUCGAUGGCUUGAACGCGGUUAUUUAAUGUCACAAGGGUUUCUCUAUCGUUUAAGUCCUGAAUCAGAUGCCGAGGAGCCCCAAUUAGUUAUUCCCGCUACGAUGAGAACAAGUAUUCUACAAGAGGUACAUGACGUACCGACUGCGGGUCAUCAGGGUCUGGAACGAACGCUACAACGUCUGAAACAGAGGUAUUAUUUUACUUCAAUGAGAAAAUUUGUUACGAAAUAUCUUAAAAAUUGUGAAGAAUGUCAAAGAUAUAAGAUUUCCAAUCAAAAGCCAGCAGGACUACUUCAGACUCCGGUACAAAACCAACGAGGCGAAGUGUUAGCAAUAGAUUUUUUUGGUCCACUGCCUGAAGGAGAAUCUGGAGAGAAAUGGAGCCUCCUUAUAGAAGAUACCGCCACUCGAUGGGUGGAAAUGUUUGCACUGAAAGAAGCAACUGCAGAAGUAAUCGCUAAAAUACUUAUCGAACAAUACUUCCUUAGAUAUGGGUUUCCUAGGAGAAUUGUCUCUGAUAACGGAGUACAGUUUGUAUCAGCUGUUAUGCAACAAACUAUGCACCUCCUUGAUACUAAGCAAAAUCUUAUUACCCGGAAGCGAACCCGGCCAAACGAAAAAACAGAGAUCUCAAAACCCAACUUUCGAUUCUGGUCCAGAACAAUCAUAGAGCGUGGCCUAAGUAUCUGCCCGAAAUUAGAUUUUCUAUGA